UCCCGACUGGGAAAAAGAAAUAAAACGUUUAAGCCUAAUUUUAAAAGAUGACAAAAGUAAACAAUUAGAGAAAUUACUCACUGAACACACAGAUUUAGCCACCGAACACCAAACUAAAUCUACUGAAAUAACAAAAUCAUCCAACGAACACAAACAACUCCUCAACCUCGCCUCCUACUCGCGAGAAAUAGAAAAAGAAGAAACCCGCCUCAAUACUAACUCCACCACCCACAACCCGCGAAUGAAAAAUUUUCUCGGAACAGGUGGAACUAAAUGA